AUGUCUGGACGCGGCAAAGGAGGCAAGGGUCUCGGCAAGGGCGGCGCCAAGCGUCACCGCAAGAUCCUCCGCGACAACAUCCAGGGUAUCACCAAGCCUGCUAUCCGUCGUCUCGCCCGCCGUGGCGGUGUCAAGCGUAUCUCCGCUAUGAUCUACGAAGAAACCCGUGGUGUCCUCAAGUCUUUCCUGGAGUCUGUCAUCCGUGAUGCAGUCACCUACACCGAGCACGCAAAGCGCAAGACUGUCACUUCCCUUGAUGUCGUUUAUGCUCUCAAGCGCCAGGGCCGUACCCUUUACGGUUUCGGUGGAUAG